GCUGUCUGCCUGCUGAAUGCUUACAGAGAGAUGCGAGGGGAGUGUCAGGAGACAUACUACAACCUGGGUCGGGCACUCAAUCAGUUAGAAAUUCAGUAUGCAGCGGCACAUUACUACAGAAAGGCGUUGGAGUUCCCACCAGUGGUUUCAGAUGCAGAAGGCACCUUUGAUCUCAGCCGAGAGAUUGCCUACAGUCUGGCUCAGAUGUACAUCAGAUCCAACAACCCAGAGUAUGCCAGGUACUAUCUGGAGAAGUACUGUGUCAUUUAA